AUGGAAGACUUAACAAAAAUUUUAAAAUCAAUACAAAUCGAUCUCGCAGCACAAAAAAGAGAAAUGAAAGAAAUGGAAACAAAUAUUACGAGCAGCAUAAACAAUAACAUUAGCGAAAAUUUCAAAAAAAUGGAACAGAACUAUAAUCAAUUGAAUGAAAAAAUACAAAAUCAUGAAAACAUAUUGGAUCGUAUGGAGAGACAUAUCAGGAAGAGAAACUUGGUAUUUUUCGGAAUCGAGGAAGGAGAAAAAUCAUACCACGAGCUAGAAAAUAAAAUUUUAUCGUUCAUUAAUAAAAUUAAUAUUCCUUGUGAGAAAAACGAAAUCGAAUCUGCAAAACGAUUAGGAAAAAAAAGAGAAAUACCUAGACCCAUCACAGUCACCUUCACAACUGUGGGGAAAAAAAUAAUGUUACUACAAAAUAAGAAAAAUAUUAAAAAUAGCACAAUAUAUUACAAAGAAGAUUACCCACAAAAAGUUUUAGAGAAAAGGAAACAACUACAAUUGGAAUUAAUAAAAUACAAAUCAGAAGGAUUAAAAGCUAUAAUUAAAUAUGACAAAUUAAUAAUUUUGAACCCAAAUAAAUCCGAUAAAAACCAGAACUCACAACAACAUUCAAAAAAAAGAAAUUUGCAUACUUCUCCAAACCAAGAUGGAACAAGCCAUGAAAGCCAAGCUCUAAAGAAAAACAAAAUUACUGCUUUUAUGAGACAAAGAAAAGACUUCGAGAAAUCCCCAAAAAAUGAAGCUCCAACAUCCAGUAUCUAA